GGAAAAAGCAGAGAAGUGUCUUCUCGCGGCUCCCGUACUCAGCGAGGGCGGGCUCUCGGGCUUUCCACUUGUUCGCUCGCCGAGAAAUAAAUAUGGCGGCGCCCAUGGAAGGAAAAAUGGGUCUAGCGCACUAAGGAAAAAAAACCCAAAGAGCAUUUCCUCCAACUUGAAAUAGUCAUCAUACAGUAGCAUCCAUCUGCCGAUACUGUUAACCAAAGCCUUUUCAGAAUCUACAAGUUGGUGAAAGGAAUGAUGCUGAGGACCCUAAAGAGGCUCAUUUGUCAGGGAUACAAGGACGGCUUUCUCCACACUGGUUCCAGGGCCUGGCAAAGCACGGCUACAAUCCAGGAUGCCCAGCUUCCACCGGAGAAGCCCAGAGAAAUCUUCCGUACCAGUGAGAUGGACCCAGGCAGCCAUACCGAAGGGCAGCUGGGCCAGCAUUACAGCAUCCCGCUCCAGGAGUUGGAGGCGACGUUCCCCCACGGACUCCCGCCACGCUUCAGGCUGCAGAUCAAAACCUUCAACGAAGCGUGCUUCAUGGUGCGGAAGCCAGCCCUCGAACUGCUGAGCUACUUAAAACACACCAACUUUGCUCACCCAGCUAUCAGAUAUGUUAUCUAUGGGGAAAAGACCACUGGCAAGACGAUGACCCUUUGCCACGCCAUCCAUUACUGCGCAAGGCAAAACUGGCUAAUCCUGCACAUUCCAGAUGCUCACCUCUGGGUAAAGAACUGCAAGGAGCUGCUCCCGUCUUCCUACAAGAAGGAGCGUUUGGAUCAGCCCAUAGAAGCCUCCAGCUGGCUGAAGAACUUCAAACUCACCAACGAGCGCUUCUUGAAAGAGAUCAAAACACAGCAGAAGUAUCUGUGGGGCAAGCGGGAAAGCACUGAGGAAGGCAGCCCCUUGAGCGACGUGAUAGACCAGGGUUUGACUCGGGUUAAAAAUGCCAGCGACGUUGUGGGGGUGGUCUUGAAAGAGCUGAAGCAACAGUGCUCUCGGGGAUCCUUCAAGCUCCUCGUGGCUGUGGACGGAGUCAACUCCCUUUGGGGACGCACGACGCUGAAGACAGAAGACAAAAGCAAAGUCUUCCCGGAGCAACUGACCCUGGUCCACAACCUGAGGAAGAUGCUGGUCAACGACUGGAGUGGAGGCGCCAUUGUGACGACCCUCAGCCAGACAGGUGCCCUCUUCCAACCCCGGAGAGCUUACCUGCCCCACGAAUUGCUGGGAAAGGAGGGUUUUGAUACUCUGGACCCUUUCGUUCCCAUUCAAGUCUUCAACUACAAUGAGCAGGAGUUUGAGAGUUGCUACCAGUACUACUUGGAUCGCCGGUGGCUUCUGCAUGAAAAAGCCAGCACAAACGGAGGCCGGCAGGAGCUCCACUUCCUCAGCGGAGGCAACCCUGGACAAUUUGAGCGACUCUGCGCCUUCUUGUGAGGCUGGCGUCGCACUCAUCAUUGUGGCAUCACAGCAGCAGCGACUCCUUUUUCUGUCCAAUAAACUCCUCGUCCUCCCACUUGAA